GAGAGGUGAGAAGGUGAUAGAUAGCGUAGAGAGAGAGAGAGAGAGAGAGAAGGAUGUCGGUGUCAGCGAUAUUUGGGUCUCCGGUGGCGAUGGUGGCUCCUUCAUUGGGAAAGAGUUCAAUUGGAAGGAGAAGUGAGGUUGGAUUAGGAUUAGGAUCAGGAUUAGUGAUAGAGUGUUCGUCGAGGCCACAGAAGAAGGCGACGGCGCAUCACAUGAAGACAAGGCCACGGAAGUCGCAGCCAUGGGAUAUAAAUCGGAAGCCCACAGUGUACCCACCGUUGCCUCCACUACCUCCUGAUUGGACUCUCGUUAUUUCCGCUGAUGAAUCUCCUGUUCCCGUUCCCACUGCUGCUUCUUCUUCUGCUGCUCCCUCUCCCUAGUCUAUUGGUACUGACGACGUCUUAUCUUUUUAAUUUCUGUUUUGUUGAAGCCUUAUAUGAUA